GAGUCAAUCGCACUUCCUCUAAAUGACACUCACUCUCUCACACACACAUUCUUUUCUUUUACUGUCCCACCAUCUCUAACUGUGGGAUUAUCUAAAGACAGCACCGCGGCCAUAUCAUCAGAUGAGCAGCACUAGCGCCAUGCAGAAUGUGUCGAAGCCACCUCCUCCUCUGGUGCUGCCUCAAGGAGCCGUAGCCAUGAGGAUGAAAAGCUCUACAGGCAGCGGUGAGCGCCUGAGUCAAACCAAAUCCAUGGUCAUACCGGACCUCGACACACCACAGAAACCACUUAACCGACAUCGCAGGAAUCAGUCCCAGCACAACACCAGUCAAGGUGUACCACAGCUCCAGCCAAGUUUGCAUGGGGUUUAUCUCAACAAAACCAAGAUCUCUGAAGGAGGAAAGAAACUCAAGAAAAACUGGACAUUAGCCUGGGUUGUCCUUUCGUCAAAUGAGCUGCAUUUUUACAAGGACAGCAAGCAAGAAGCAAUGGCCAGUUUGAAACCAGGAAUUAAACCAGAAGGAGUGGACCUCUGCGGUGCUGUCGUAGAAUGGACAACAGAGAAGUCGAGUCGGAAGAAUGUGUUUCAGAUAACAACAAGGUCUGGUGAGGAGCUGCUUCUGCAAUCAGACGACUACCCCACAAUCAGUAAAUGGCACGAUGCCAUCAAAAAAACAGCCGACCGAUCGUCCAGUGCAGACGCAGAGUCCGGCGGGGGAAAGGCCACGUUACAUAGGUCCAGCAGCACAGAGUGUCUGCCCAGACGAGCCCAUGACUCAACAAAAUCCAAAGCCAAAGAGCCAAAAUCAGAGAACAGACGCUCUCUCAUGUUCAAGCUGAACUACAGUGCCUCUGACAGUGCAGAUAAGAACGGCGUGAAGAAUCGCCUCAAGAAGUUCAUCUCCAGACGGCCCUCCAUGAAAACACUACAGGAGAAAGGCCUCAUUAAAGAUUGCGUCUUUGGAUGUCACAUGUUGACUUUGUGUCAGCGUGAAGGGACCACGGUUCCCAAAUUUGUCCAGCUGUGUGUCAAGGAAGUGGAAAAACGAGGGCUUGAGGCUGAUGGCAUAUACAGAGUGAGUGGCAACCUGGCCACUAUUCAGAAACUACGCUUCCUAGUUGACCAAGAGGAGGAGCUGGAUUUGGGCGACAGCCAAUGGGAGGACAUUCAUGUCAUCACUGGUGCGCUAAAGAUGUUUUUCCGCGAACUGCCAGAGCCUCUGUUUCCCUUUCGCUUUUUCGAAAUGUUCGUGGAGGCCAUAAAAACUAAGGAGCAGAAGCAGAAGGUGCAGGCGCUGAAGAAGCUGGUCCAUCAACUCCCCAAACCCAACCAUAACACCAUGAAACUGCUAUUCCAUCACCUGCAGAGAGUUUUGACAAAGUCACGGCAAAACCUCAUGUCGAGCCAAGGCAUCAGCAUUGUUUUUGGACCGACUCUCAUGUGGCCUGAGCUGGAUGUGGGGAACAUGGCUGUCAACAUGCUGUACCAGAACCAGAUAGUGGAAUUCAUGCUCAUUGAAUGUGUGGAGAUCUUUGGACCAGAAACCAAGUAACAAGUGCUUAAAUAUAAAAGGAGUUAUUUUAUGACAGGACUACAUGCACAUUUAUUUUUCAUGAAAAGGAGACAAUAAAGUAAAGAUAACAGGAACUUGCAGGACUUUGCUCUCUGAGCAAACGUGGUUCCUCUUGUUGCACUUCAUAUUCCGGCGUUAGUGAAGUCGUACGCCGGGUUUACUUUGUGUGAUUUUUGCCUUGAGUUUAUCAUCGAUACGAAAAUCAUACAAUGUAAAAGAACUCUGUGGUUGUGAAUUGAGAACAGUGUUCUUGAAAACAUGCACCAAUGUCACCUCCAGACAAUUUAGUACCACUGUGACCAAACAGAGCCAAAAUUCCGACAGUGUGAAAUUUUUGUUUUAUUAAAAUCUCUAAGCUUCAGCAAUAUAAAACGAAUAUUAGGAUGGUGCUGUAGCUUUAUGUAAAAUUCACAGGACAGCAAAUGUACAGCCUACAUGCCUGGACCCUCGUACAGUGACUUGUAUAGCUAUCAUACGUGCUAACAGACAGGGGAAAAAAAAUUAUUUAUUAUUAUUUUUUUAUUUUUUUUUUUUACCUCAAGCUCACUCUGAAGAACAACAUUCCAUGUUGUUCUUAUUUAUCCAGACAAACAAUUCCAAACUCCUUUUCUUCAUGUUUUAAAUAAUUUCUCUAACAUUGCUACUAUUAUACAAAGGGCUUAUUUCUGUUCGUGCUUAUUUUUUAUUUCUGAACAAGCCCAGAUCAUGCUGACUUUCCUACAAGUGUGUUACGCUUCCCCGCGAUGCAGCAGGAGCAGCAGUUUAAAUGAUGCACAGGUUGGCUACAUGAAGGAAGCAACCUGCAUGGUCCUAUCACAUGACAGCGGAGAGUUAGGUAGUGGGUGGGAAUUUGCAAGACCAAAUUGGAGAGAAAAUUGUGUGCUUGUGUGUGUGUGUGUGUGUGUGUGUGUGUAUGGGGUGGGGGGCGUUUGUGUGCUUUGGGCACUUAAGGUUAAUUCUGAGCUAUGUCAUGUUUUCCUGAUCAGUUUUGACUUUUCAAUGUGUAGGUCAGAAAAUGUUUUUUUUUGACACUGUGUCAUAAAGACUUGUGUACUCUUGUAAAUAAAAAGUUAUCUUUUU